AUGCUUCCCCUACGGCUUCAAGCGUUCCCCGACACGUCGAGCCUGGACAUGCUUCUUGAUACACAAAUAGAUCCUUCUCUGCUCCCAUUUACUGAAUGUCGGAUGCAAUCGUUUGAUGAGCCGAUGAAACAAGAAUCGCCUCCUUCAGAUAGCAAGAAUGCAUCAAAUCCUUCGAAGAGGCCUGCUGGGGACAACAGAGCACCUCAGAAGAAGAGCCGCGCUACUCGAACACCAGAAACGAUAGCUGAAGCCGAUGGGGACGGUGGUCAGGAUGAAGAAAGCAACAACGUCAACAGAUGUGUAGAGUCAUUUGCGUGCCCCUUUUACAGAAGGCACCCAGAACGUUAUUUUGAUUGUAUCAGCCUCAAAAUGCCUCGCAUAUCAGAUGUCAAGCAGCACAUAAAGAGGCGCCAUAUGGCGAACUACUCUUGUCCGAGGUGUUCCAAAGGAUUCUCAGCGCUAAAGCCCUUCCAAGAACACGUUCUGCAACAGGAUUGCUCAAUGGACCUCUCAGAAAACAUUGACGGUGUCUCACCCGCUAUGCAUGACGCCCUCAAAGUCCGUUUUGAAAGGAGUUUGUCACCGAGCGGUCAAUGGCAUAAGAUAUGCAAGAUCGUGUUCGGAGAUACCGAUGAUGACCAGAACCCGUUUCAUGGAGGAGUUUUCAAAGAGAUUACAGGAAUAAUAAGGGAUAUUUGGACAGAAGAGGGACAGCAUAUCGUUUCCAAUGUGCAGAGAACUAGAGAUAUGCCAGAGUAUUGCGCUAAUCAGCUACGCCCGGUAGUAUUGGAACUCCUGGCCCGAGUAGAGACUCGAUUCGAACAAAAGGUUUUCGACGGGAGCUCAAAGGAGCGCUCUAAUAGUGUCGAGAGUACCUUGGAGAAACCCGCAGUCGAUUCAAAACCAGGGCCUACUCACGGUCCGUCUCCAGGUUUUCAGACCAAUUUUGCUCCUCACGAUACUGCAUUGUCAUCUUCUAAUUCAGGAAUGACAUGUGAUCUUUGUGAAAGCUUCGGCUCAUUCAAGAGAAUGUGCGGUCUUUCUAUGCCCCCUGGAUCACAGGAUCAACAGACUGAGAUACCAUAUCCCGAUUUCACUAUAAGAGACUUGUCGUUUUUGCCGUUUUCAAGCGAUGGAGACAAUUGGCAAACCAUCGAGCGACACAAUGGUAUUCCGAAAGACAUCUUUGAGCCUGCCUAUCUAGAAGGUGUGGGAGAUUGGACGAACGUCGUGGACCUAACACAAGAAGAUGAGAUACUGGCAAUGGGGGACUCGUAG